AUGGUCCGUUUAUCCGCUCCGGGGUUAUUACAGAUCCUCACCAAUGAUAUAAAGGAUAUCCAAAUUGUAGAUAACUUCAAGCCGGCCGGUGCCCCAGAGAGUAAGAAUGAAGGUCCAGCGGUGAAAAUAGCGGCCGGUAUUAGUUUGCAAGAAUUGUAUACUGCCGCCGCGCGAAGAACAGAACAGUUGUUGGGGAAACAGCUUAUACAGUUGGGACUGCAGGAGGACACUGCCUCCAAACACUUCACACUGACUAUACAAUUAAAGAAAGAGCUAGUCAUAGCGAACGAGUAUCAGAACAAUGAGCUCUUUUGGGCCCUGCGCGGCGGGGGCAGCGGUACCUUCGGUGUCAUCUUCUGGGAGGCCGUGACAGCCUUCCACACAGAAAUUCCCGCUCUCAACGAUGCAGGGGGAGCAGGCUAUUACUGGAUGAUUCCGAAUGCCCCAUUAUCGGAGAACGUUAGCGUAUCAACAAUGUAUAUCAUGCUUGUCUUCCCCAAUCAGACUGACACCACAUAA